AUGGCCCUUCAGCAAACCACCCUUCCCUGCCCCACCAGUCACACCACACUGCCUCUGCUGCUGACAUAUGCGCAAGUUAUACACUUGGCACCAGGCACAUCUGUGGAAGAGCUAGAUCUAGAUCUAGGUCUAUACAAAGCUCCCACCCAACUGGUGCUAGAUCUGGACAAAGGUCUAGACAAAGCUCCCACCCAACAUACUCCUGAAGAAUCAGGUCUAGCUGGACAGACAAAUGCCAGUUCAGUGACAGCCCUCUUGGACACAGAUGGGGAGGCAGCAACAGGGGGGGAACUGGAACAGAUGCUACUCCUUGACGCUGAUGACAAGUCUGCUGGUGAUGGGCAGCCUGAUCCAGCUCCAGAGCCAGUCCUCCAACCAUGA